AGUGCGGGCCCUCGAACCGGCUGCAGGCAGUGGGAGUUAAGAUUCUCCUCUUCCUUUUGGAAAGAUUGCUCUCCUCCCGGAGCCCCAAAGCUGGAGUCAGCAACCGGGGUCUGCGAGCCCAGAUAGCUGGCUCAGGCCUGGCCCGCCAUUACCACGCUGCUCUUGCAGAAUGGGUUCAGAGUAGUUCGCGGAGCUGGUAAGAGCUCUAGGGACGCGCGGGCGGGGAGCAGGAUUGGGAGGCCGGAAAGUGGAAAUAACGGUAGGGAAGGCAGACCCUUCCCCACGCAGUCUGUUUUUUUUCGGCUUUUCUUUCCCACUCUUCCCCUGCUUCAGUCAUUAUCUGGUGUCUGAUAACCCCCUGCCCCCAGGUUCUCUUCUAGCUUGUGUCCAGUUCCCUGGAGUCUUGGGUGUGACAUUGGAAGCUCCAGGGUCGUGGACAUGGACCUCUCUCACUUCCUGGUCUUCCUGUUUGUCCUGCUACUAUCUGGGACAGGAGCCACAGGCUCCCUGAAGACCUCCCUGGACCCGGGCCUGGAGAUCUACAAGAAGCUGUUUGAGGUGAAGCGGCGGGAGCAGCUGUCGGCACUGAAAAACCUGGUCCAGCUGGACGACGUCCACCAGCAGUACAAGAUCCUUGACGUCAUGCUCAAGGGGCUCUUCAAGGUGCUGGAGGACUCCCGGACAGUGCUCAUCGCCGCGGACGUGCUGCCGGAUGGGCCCUUCCCCCAGGACGAGAAGCUGAAGGAUGCCUUCUCCCAGGUGAUGGAGAACACGGCCUUCUUCGGGGAUGUGGUGCUGCGCUUCCCGAGGAUCGUGCACCACUACUUCGACCACAACUCCAACUGGAACCUCCUCAUCCGCUGGGGCAUCAGCUUCUGCAACCAGUCGGGCGUCUUUGACCAGGGGCCCCACUCGCCCAUCCUCGGCCUGAUGGCCCAGGAACUCGGCAUCAGCGAGAAAGGCUCUGACUUCCAGAACCCGUUUAAAGUAGAUCGCACAGAGUUCGUUUCCAGCUCGGACCCUCUCCAGAAGGCCCUGAGAGAAGAGGAGAAACGCCGGAGGAAGGAGGAGAAGCGGAAAGAGAUCCGCAAAGGCCCGCGGAUCUCCAGGUCCCAGUCCGAGUUAUAGGCCCGUCGCAGCCCAGGGUUCGAGAGGCCAGGAGGAAGAGGAGGAGGCAGCACGGCCCAGGGCAGGCAGCGCUGACCGCUUGGUGGUGAGAGCCGGCCCCUGUGAAGGGAGGUUCUGUUCGCUUGGCCCCUUGAAGCCAGCUUUGAGGCGCAGCUGAAGAGACUGGGCCGCGGAGGGCUGGACUUCCUCCCGGGGGGCCUCCCUGGGGGGAGGGAGCGUGGAGGGGCCCGUCAGAGCACUCUGUGCUGCAGAUCUAACCCUGCGGAGAGGCUGGGGGAGGGAGGAGGGGGCCGGGGCUGUCCCCUCCCAGGGGGUGAGGACUGGUGACCGGCUGGCUGCUGCCCUUCAUGGGGAGGUGGCAGAACCAGGAUCCGAGCCACGUGUGGGGGUACCACACCUGCUGCUGGCUCUACUGUGUCACUGAGCCACGUGGCGUGAGUUCCAGCCCCCUGCAGACAUAAUAAAAGCCAGCCGACCCUCUGGGCAAGCCACAGCUGGUUUGGGCCCCAGGUAGCUAUGAAGCCCUUUACCAGACAGGUAGCAAGGGGCCUGGUUUGGGUAACCAGAGGCCCUCAGAGACUAGUGAGCACCUGCGAGGAUGUUCCCACCUCAUCAGGAUAGCCCCAGGCCCUGGGGGGGGGGGGGAGGAGGAAGGGCAGUGAAGCAGGGCCUUGGCUUGGCCUCCUAAUCCCUUCUGAGCACUGUCCUUGAGGGAUCAGUGUUGGAAAGGGACAGGAAGUGUCCUAAGAACGUGUUUAUGCAAGGUGACCUUGGGGCAACAGGAUCUCUGUCAUCCACUGUCUGGGGACAGUCAUAGAACAGGCACAGGGAAGUGUUAGUUAGCCUGUCCUCUCUGGCGGUGCUGGGAGGCCCUCAGCCUCUGGGCAGGGGGCGGGGGGGCAGGCUGCAGCUCUGCAGAAGGCCAUGCUUUGUGAUGGCAGAGCUGCCCCAAGCUGGACUGGUCAGUGAGCUCUCCGGUUCAGGACGGAUGCAAGCAGAGACCUGUGCCACAGGGCAGGGAAGCCGCAGGCUCUGAGUGAGCAGCUGCCUUCAUUGUGCUCUCCCCAGGGAGAGGAGGGAGGGGCUCUGGGGGGCGGAAUUCUAGCUCUGUCCCUUUGACCUUGGCAAGCCAGGGCCUGCCUCUUAACAGGGGAGAGAUGUACCUUUCCUGAACCCACCACCACCACUACCACCACUGUCAAAGCCCAGGGGAGACCCAAGUCUUGUCUCAGCCCAUCGGACCUGCUGAGUGAGCCUGGCCCACCUCUUGUCUGUGCUGUGGCUUCAUGGACAGAAUGAAUUUGAUAAUGUCUGAUUGCUUGCCCAGCCCUUUUCCAAGGCCGGGCUCUGGCUUUUCAGUGACAGGUGUCCUUCUUGGAUGGCUCUUCAUUGUCCCAUAGAUUUUUGCUAAGCACCCACUGUAAGCACAGCCAGGGAGAGGGGCCCAGUCUUCACCUCGACCCCACCUGGUACCUUUAUCCUCCUGGGCUCCUCCUCUUACACCUUCCACUUCUCCCCGUCUUGGUCGAUAUCUUCCUUUCCAUCUUCAAAUGGUUCCACGUUUUCCCAUGUGACACUGUCAGAGAGACAGACAGAACCACCCACUUCCCCUUUCUCCUUCCCGUUGCCGCACUGCUGAUUGUUGUGGUCACUGGUUCCUGGAACUCCACCUUGAGUCUUACUGUAGGCAGAGCCUGUCCACCUCCCGCGCUGGGAGCUGUAGAGGCCGGAGGGUACUGUUUGUCCGGCCUCCUCGCGGCUGGGAUUCAGUUCUGUGGCCGAAGUGCCACCACCAGCCUGUGUGAGUGGUGCUGGUGGAAGCAGUGGCCCCAGGGGGCAGGGGGGUUCCUAGUGGCCGCACCAGCUCCGGGGAUGCCCAGUGACGCCUUCGGUGUUGCUUUUAGCGUGGUCUUAGCCCUUGCUCCCGCUGAGCUUCCAGGCCCGAUCUGAGACACCCGUGGAAAGUCUUGGAGCUCCCAACAUCCCCUAGGGCAGGUCUCCUCAACAGUGGCGCCCGCCGUUUACACUCGGGGCCACAUAAUUCUUUGCUGUGACUGUGCGGAGGGCUGUGUGUAUUACAGGAUAUUUAGCAGCAUUCUUGGCCUCUGCUCACUAAAGCUGUAGCAAUCUCCCAGUGUGACGACCGACCAUGUCUCAGACACUGCCAGACAUACCCUGGGGGCAAAGCCCCCCUGGCCCACCCGCCACCCCUCUUCCCCCCACUGCAGCCCCCGUGCCCCUCUGCGGAGCCCUGUCGCCGCCCGCACGCAGAGUGGUGCUGUUGGCGGGUCUCGGGAAUCCGCCCAGGCUUCUGGGCCACCGUGUCGUCCCGGUUCUCUGCCCGUGGUCUGAGCCUGCCCCGUCUCUUCCUGAUCCUUCUUUCCUCACCUGUGCCUUAAAUAAAGAGGUUUUUGUUUUGGUUUGGUUUGUUUU